GGAGCUUGUGGAUUCCUGCGAGUCCCGUAUGUGCUAGUAAUGGGGUCUCGCAAAAAAUCAAAUCCUCCUCCUCCUUCUUCAUCUUCUCCCUCUUCCUCUCAACCUGCUGACGUGGCGAUCUCAGAACUCCACAAGAGGCAUCAACAGGAAUCUGAGAAUUUGACGAUAACAACGCAACCUGUCAGAACUUUGAAGUUCUUUGUAUUGGCUGUUAUUCAAUAUAUUAAGCGCUCAAUAUCGUAUUUGUUGGCAAAAGGAGGAUGGCUAAUGCUUUUAAGCACCGUGGCAAUUGCUAUUGGAAUUCUUGUUGUAACAAUUGAUGGUCCUCAUGAGAAGCAUGUUGAGGAGAUUUCGAGAUAUUUCCGGUUUGGACUAUGGUGGGUGGCUCUUGGAGUUGCAUCUUCAAUUGGUCUUGGAUCUGGUUUGCAUACUUUUGUCCUUUAUCUGGGCCCCCACAUCGCUUUUUUCACGAUAAAAGCAAUGCAGUGUGGCCGAGUGGAUUUAAAAAGUGCUCCGUAUGAUACAAUUCAGUUGGAAAGAGGUCCAUCAUGGCUUGAUAAGGAUUGCUCUGAAUUUGGGCCCCCAUUGUUCCAGUUAUUAGAUGGUUUGCGGGUUCCGCUUAGCAGCAUAUUGCCUCAGGUUCAGCUUGAGGCUAUUCUUUGGGGUGUUGGGACUGCUAUUGGAGAGCUUCCUCCGUACUUCAUCUCAAGGGCAGCAAGCGAGUCUGGUAAGCAAUUGGAUGCAGCGAGCGAGUCAAGCAAAUUGGAUGCCCCCUCAUCUGAAGGAAAAGGAUUCAUUGCUACUCGCCUAAAUCAAAUCAAGCACUGGCUUUUAUCACAUUCCCAACACUUGAACUUCUUUACAAUUUUAGUGCUUGCUUCGGUUCCAAAUCCUCUAUUUGACCUUGCUGGCAUUAUGUGUGGACAAUUCGGGAUUCCAUUUUGGGAAUUUUUUCUUGCAACAUUGAUUGGAAAGGCAAUUAUUAAAACUCACAUACAGACAAUUUUCAUCAUCUCAGUUUGCAAUAAUCAACUCCUUAACUGGAUAGAAAAUGAGUUGAUAUGGAUACUGAGCUUUAUACCUGGUUUUGCUUCUGUCUUGCCUAAUGUUAUUGCCAAGCUCAAUGCAAUGAGAGAUAAGUAUCUAAUAGCAUCUGCUCCUGCGACCUCAAAUAUGAAGGUGAAGAAGUGGGAUUUCUCAGUUGCCACACUAUGGAAUACUGUUGUCUGGCUCAUGCUCAUGAACUUUUUUGUCAAGAUUGUGAAUUCAACCGCUCAAAGCUAUCUGAAGAAACAACAUGAAAUAGAGCUAGCAAAGCAGUCAUCUACAAAAGCACAUUCAAAAUGAGCCUGUACUGCUCAAUGAAGUAACAGUUGUACUCUCUUACAAGUGAUGGAAUUUUCAGCAAAAGCUACCAUUGAUGUCACCCAAAACUCUCUGCAUUAGUAGUCCCUGUUAGAAGCUUGUAUAGAAUUAUUAACACGGUGGAAUACAGGAGAAAUUGCGGGUUUAUUUAGCCGCUAGUGCUGGGGAAAGCAUUAUUUUGGGUGGUGUUUAUAACCCAUUGUUAACUAUUGUUUAAGUCGGAAACUGGAAUCUUGCUAUUCUUUUGCACUGAAAACAGAUUAUAAGCUCAUUAAUCUUUUAGCUUUUAA